CGCCAAUUCCGGUCGAAUAAAACGAGCCACCGACUGCCGAUCGUCGUUCAGUCGAUACCGACCAACCGCCGCGGUUAUUAUUUUUUUGGAUCAAUUAUUGCAAUAUAGGAAAACUGCACCGCCGCUUCCGUCCGCAGACAUGGAUACGUCGCUACUAUGGUUAACGGUCUUGGGCUGCGCAGUGUGCACGGUCAGUUCGGAAGUGCUGCCGUCAUCGACGUCCGAAGUUUCCGGUUUCCGGAUGAUGUUCAACGCGUACAGACAGUGUUCGGACCAAUCGGAAAUGGUCGUGUGCCUGAAAAGUCGGGCGCUCAGGAUGCUGGACAGAGCCAUUCACAUGGAAAACAUUCAAAUAACCGACGGCAUAUCUCUGGUGAAAAAGUCUGAAAACAACGGCAGAUCAUUGGAGGUCGACAACAGUGAUGUGGCUGAAAAUGUGAUACCCGAGAAUUCAGCCGAUUUCGGUAAACAAGUGGACUCGAUGUUGUACGAAAAACUGUCCAGGUUCGCCAGGUCGAGAUCGCUUCAGCUGUCCAUGCCACAGAUGUUCGACGAAGGCAGGGACCUCGAUGACGGUGUGUACUUGACUGGCCGCAAGAAGAAAAAGGACAAGGGUGGUCAGGUGUACCUGAUGAUGCUCAAGGGAGGUCUGCUAGCCAUGGCGUACAAGGGUCUGGCGCUGUUGGCCGGCAAGGCGCUGUUGGUGAGCAAGAUCGCGCUCACGCUGGCCAUUCUGGUGGCAUUCAAGAAGCUGUUCAGUGGCGGCGGUGGCCACGGCGGCUCGUCCAAGACCACGUACGAGAUCGUCAAGCAGCCGGUGAUGACGCACUCGCAUCAGUACGCCGCACCCGGCGCCGCCGACACGUUCGGCAGCUACGACAACAGCGGACCCUACGCCCGGAGCAUCGCCCAGCCGGACGUCGUGCCGUACCCGCAGCUGGCCGCGUACAGGGCCCACGUAAGAGGCAUCGGCGGUGGCGGCGGUGGAGGCGGCGGGGGCGGCGGUCCCAUGGUGAUGUCGUCCGCUGCCUCGUCGCCGUCUGCCGUGUCCGGAGGCGUGCAACACGAAUCGGGUCAGAGGGACGAAGCGCUCUGAAGACCGGACCGUAAGCUCGUCGACCGAUCCCAUCGCGGCUGAGACCCUACCACAGCCAUUCCACAUAUUGUCAACUUCAUCACGAGAAAUAAUAUUUUGAUAUUGUUUUUAGCGUAACGCCGUCCCGGGAACCUGUCUAAGACUUCGUAAUUGAAUACCGUUCAUUACACGUUAUUAUCAUUAUUAUUAUUAUAUCAUUAUAAAUUAUUUAUUUAUUUAUUUUAUUAUUGUCUUUUUUACAUUAUAUACAUUAUAGUAUAAUAAACGUAUAUAUUUUUUGUUUUUACAUAAUACUAUUAAUAAUUAUUGCUUUCCGUUCGUAUAUUAUAUUUUAUUAUAUUAUUAAUAACUGAUUGUGCUCAAUGUUGUGUGUCGUACAAUAUUUUUAUAUUUGAUUUAAGAUUAAGAAGAAUAAACAAAUUGAAUACAGAA